AUGGGUCUCGGAGGUCCCUGGCUCGACCUAUCCUCUUCCACGCCGUCUUCGCCCGGUGCCCGAGUGGCCCGAGAUUCGGCCCUUCUGUGCUCGGACACGGCCGGAUUGACUCCGGGCCAAACCAAAUUGUGUUUGGAGCACCCGGAACACAUGGAAGGCGUCGGUCAUGGGGCCAAAACGGCCCUGGCCGAAUGCCAACAUCAGUUCCGGGAGAUGAGAUGGAACUGCUCGACGACGGGCAGACCGGGAGAUGCUGCGGUCUUUGGGCCAAUGUAUAAUAUAGCCAGCCGCGAAAGCGCCUUCGUGCACGCUAUAGCUGCUGCAGGAGUGGCGGUGCAGGUGUCGAGAGCGUGCCGAGACGGCCGACUGGCCUCCUGCGGCUGCUCGAGGGCGCCCAGGCCCAGGGACCUCCAAAAGGAAUGGGUCUGGGGCGGAUGCGGCGACAACUUGGAAUACGGAGCCAA